AUGGCACAGCAGAACAAAAAAGCCUCUGGCCCAGACCAGACCCGCAACGAAUACAUUCCCUCUUUCAUCUCAAAGCGGCCGUUCUGGGCCGAGACCACCCAUUCAGACGCCGACUACCUCGAACAUCAGCGAUUACAAUCUGCCCCCAAAGAUACCCUCGACAAGGCAAAAUGGUACGACCGAGGCAAGAAGCAAGGCCCGGCGGCCACGAAGUUCCGCAAAGGCGCCUGCGAGAAUUGCGGCGCCAUGACGCACAAGACAAAAGAGUGUCUAAGCCGGCCAAGGAAACAAGGCGCGAGGUGGACGGGCAAGGAUAUCCAAGCUGACGAGGUCGUCGAGGACGUACAAUUAGGAUGGGAUGCCAAAAGAGACCGUUGGAACGGGUACGACAGUCGAGAGUACAACGCCGUGGUCAGGGAAUAUGAGGAGCUGGAAGCUAUCAAGCGUGCAGCUGCAGGUCAAAAAGAAGACGGCAACGACUCGGUAACCCCCGAUCUCUCCGACACUCGGUAUGGCGAAGAAACAGACAUGGGUCGCUCUCAACCGACCUCAACCCGCCAGCUCCGCCUGCGCGAAGACACAGCAAACUACUUGAAAAACCUCGACCUCGACUCCGCGCGCUACGAUCCAAAGACGCGCUCUAUGGACAAAUCCGCUGCGCAGGUAACAGACGAUGCCGAUGCAGACGAAGGGUUCAUCCGCCCAGCAGCCACGAACGACGACGCCUCGGAAUUCGAGCGGGCGCAACGGUACGCAUGGGAGACACAAGAACACAACACGACCUCAUCGCAGACGAAGAAACUCCACUUACAAGCCAACCCGACAGAGGGCGAAUUCUUGCGCAAGAAACAAACGCAGGAAGCGGCAGAAAAGAGAGCAGCGGCCCGGAAGGCUCUGCUCGAGAAAUACGGGGGUGAUGAAUAUCUCCUGACUGAGAGCGGCGAGCAACAACAACAACAACACCCAUCGAAACGAAUCAAACAUCUCAAUGUCGUCGCCAACGAACGAUACGUCGAGUACGACGAAUCGGGACACAUUAAGGGCUCGGAACGCACGGUCGCGCGCUCAAAAUACCCGGAGGACAUCUUCCAGAACAACCACACGUCGGUAUGGGGAUCGUGGUGGAAGGACUUCAAGUGGGGCUACGCGUGCUGUCACUCGACGGUGAAAAACAGCUAUUGCACGGGCGAAGAGGGCCUGCGAGCGUGGGAAGCGAGUGAGGGAAUGAGGACGGGCCAGUCGCUCUUACAGAUUGAAAAUGGCGAUGGCACUGACAAGGACGGCAACGCGAGCGCCGAGCAGAGAGCAGGCACAACCACCACCACCAGAACAGAGCCGAUCCAGGGCGACAAGAACCAAUCACCCCACCCUGCGCAAACCGGGGAAGAAGACACCACGCGAGAGCGCAACGAUGCUGAUCCGCCAGCAUCAGCGCCGGAGCACACCACCACCUCGGGCCCCAAAAAGCGCACCCUGCAAGAACUCCAGUCCGGCAUCUCCGAGGAGGAACUGGAGUCGUACAAACGCAACCGCAUGGCCGCCGACGAUCCCAUGGCGAAACUCCUGGGCACGGACGAGUUGAUUGAGAUGAGAUGA